UCAGUUCGACCCAGCGUGGUCAUUACGAUUGCAGUCUUCGGGCGUGCAGGUUGUGCAUCCGGUUCGCUCGGUUCCUAUCUGCCGUCCGUCGUUCACCGUCGUUCACCCUUUCCAGCAUCACCCCAGGUCCGGUGGGGUGAAGGAUACGAUUGUUGGUCCGUGCUAAAGUGAAGGAUCGCAAACGUAAGGUACAGAAACGAAAGAAAAGUUGCUCGUGUAAUCAUCGGAAACCGUGUGUAAGAAGAAGUGUCUCAACUCGACUUGUGGUUGUCCAUGCCGUGGGUGGUGGAUGCUGUGUGAGUGAUAAGUGGCGAUUCGUCAGCAGAAUCAGUUAGUGCCAAAUCGAACAAAGUGUCACCAGAAGACAAAUACAAAAUAGAAUUCAAAAUGAAGCGUGAUCGGAUCUGGUGGGGAUGGAGAACUCCUCUGCUGCUGUUAACACUGUUCGGUACGCUGCUCCAUCAGACAGGCGGCCAGGACGUGAAUGUAUCCGUGGCAGCAACGGAAGCAACGGAUCAGAGCAUCAACUUUUCGUUCGAUCGGUUAAUACUGCUCGAGGAAAAGCUAACCGUGUUCGACAUCAAACGCAUCGCCAAUGGAUGGAGUACGUUACGGUCCCGGCUCAGUGGACGGUGCGGCGAUCAGAUGACGCAGUAUCUGCAGGGUCUGCAGACGGAGAAGCUGUGGGCGUUAAAGAUGGAUGACUCGUCGGGCAAAUAUACGAAAGGAUUCUUCUGGGGUAAUAACUACUGGACGGGCUCGAUGGAUCAGUGCUCGUACAUCUAUCAGAACGAUAGUGGGGCUGAUCCUGCACCAAAGAAGAAGGGCCGUAAUACGGACAUUACCUACAUCAAUGGGAACUUCCUCGGUUCGUCUGAAUUGGAGCAUCAAAAUCCACCCUUUGUGCCUGGGUUUUAUAUGGCAAAAAUUCUAAUCAACGGUACCGAAUCAUUCAAUGCGAUUCGAACAGUCGUUGUGGGACUUUGCCUACCGAGUGGUUGCAGCAUUGCCGAUGUAGAAACACUGCUUAAGUUGGACAUAAGCCGACGACACGUUGAGCAGGAACUGGUUGGCGUACGUUCUCCUACACUGAACAACUUUUCACUCUGGGAUGACUUCACCUUCCGGAUCUUAUUCAUCUUUUCGGUGAUCGUGGUCAUCCUGCUGAUCAGUGGUACCGGUUACGAUCUUGUUCUACGGCGUCGCUACAAAGCCAAGAUGCGCAUCAAGAGCUACUGCAAGGAGCUGACCGGCGACAUGACGAACGGGUUGGGCUGCACGACAUACGAUCUGACGCACCGCGAGCCAGAAGAGAACGGCAAAGGUAACUGCACCGUAAUCCGGGUACCGACGAGCGUUAACAAUAACAACUCCGAUGAGAACCUUGCCGUGGAGUUGACCGCAACGGAGGAAACCAAGUUGAGUUUGUGGGCUGAACUGCUGCUAUCCUUCUCGGUGGUGACCAACUUCAAGGCGAUUUGUGACAAGAAUGUCGGUAACGAUACCAUCCCUUCGAUCCAUGGACUUCGGGCCAUUUCAAUGGCGUGGGUUAUUCUGGGCCACACAAUGAUCGUCGUAUUCAAAUACUCCGACAACAUGGAACUGCGCAAGGUGGUGGAGAAGGAGUUCCUGUUCCAAAUCGUACUGAAUGGCGCUUACAGUGUAGAUACGUUCUUCUUCAUCAGUGGAUUCCUCGUAUCGUUCAUCUAUUUCCGCACAAAUGCUAAAGGCAAGCUGGAGAAAUUGACCAAAGGUGUGAGUGAGUUUACGGCCGGCACGUUCCACUUCUUCGGUCUCGUUGGUUAUCGUUUUGUCAGAUUAACUGCCCCAUACCUGUACGUACUCGGAGUAGUGGAAGUAGUGAUGCGCUAUCUGGAACAGAACUCCGUCUUUGAGCCACCGACUCAGGAUCACGUCAAUUGUCCAAAGUAUUGGUGGCGUAACAUUCUGUACAUCAACACACUCUUCCCAGUGGAGCAGAUGUGUAUGCUUUGGAGUUGGUACUUGGCAGAUGACACACAGUUCUACAUCAUCGGUGCGUUGAUUCUGAUUAUUGCCGUGCGGCACUUCAAAUUUGCCGCUACCAUGAUGUCCGUGUUUAUGGUAUCGGCUUGGGCAACUACGGCCUAUAUUGCCUUCUCCAACAAUCACAUGCCCGAUGCGGAUGAUCCAUUCGCAUUGUUUGAUAAGAUCUACGACAAACCCUGGACGCGCCUGGGACCGUAUCUGGUGGGCAUGAGCGUCGGAUGGAUUCUGUUUAAGACGAACUGCAAAAUCAAGAUGUCUUUGUUGACAGUAAUCUCCGGUUGGGUGACAUCCACCAUGAUGAUGCUGUAUCUGCUGUUCGGUUUGUACAAUACGACGCUCACACAAACGGCCGCAGCAGCGUACAGUUCACUCAGCCAUACCGGUUGGGCCAUUGGAUGUGGAUGGGUCAUCGUAGCCUGUUCGUCGGGCUAUGGUGGAUGGGUUAACAAGCUGUUGUCCACUCCGAUUCUGUAUCCGUUCUCCCGCGUCACGUACUGCGCCUAUCUGGUACAUCCAAUUAUCAACCGAAUAUUCGCCCUAGAGUCUGAUUCGCCGAUUCACAUGACUCCCAAUGCGUUGACCACCGUUUACCUGGGACAAGUGGUGUCAUCGUACGUGCUUGCAUUUAUCAUCUCGCUGUCAUUCGAAGCGCCCGUCGUAACGAUGCUUAAAAUACUCUCACCGAACCGAAAGAAACGUAUCUAAAUGCAUGUGACGCUUCGAAAAAAAAACAACCAAAACCCCGAAAGCCCCUCAUCGUUGGCCGCGUCCUAGACCUAAUGCUUUGGAUUUACCCGAUCUGACGGCAGCGCAGCGUGGCGAGGCGUGUGUAUAUUGACCGCAAAACGAAACGCUUAUCAGUGUAUUUUCUUUCGCUUAUAUGUGUGAGCAUUUGUGUGUUUAGUGUGUGCACGGAAAGGCUGAGCUUCCGGAUGUCCACCAUUCCGCCGAUUCGAAAAAGCGGCUUAUUCGAUUGUGGUGAUGCUGCGUGCCCGACUGUUGGUUUAGUGAGGACACACAGUACGUUUACUACAUUACAUUACUAGCAAGGGUGAUUUCUGUUUCGUGUGCCCCUGGCCGGCAUGCUUCACAAUAGGAUUAGAUGGAUAAGUUUACUAUAGAUACCGUAUGAAAACUGUGCUCAGUAAGUGUUUUGUUGCAGUAACCUAGACUGAUCGUGAUCGAUAGCGAUGUGUAUAAUGUAAAUAUAUUUUGGGUGUGAAAACAUAUUUAACAAAAAAAAAAACAAUCAUUGUGAU